UUCCGUCAUGUAGCAAAGUAACAAGCAGCGCUAACCAGCAGCUUCCCCAUGCUAAUUGUAGGCUAACUGUGAAAGUAUAGUUUUAAUAACUUCGGGUGGACUUCACCAAUAUCUCCCGCUUUCUUCGUCUCAGAGCCCCGAGAAAUCAGUCAGAAACAGGCGGUGUUUCUUUCAUGGCGGUGGCACCUGCCUGGAUGGCGGAUAAAAUCAUAGUGCUGGAUGAAGGAGACUCAGACGACAGUCCGCAGCCGUCCUGCUCCACCUCCAGGUCUGAGUCUGCAGCAAGACCUGUUCCCCAGCUCAAAGCUCCGCAGCCCAUCAUCAUUCACGUCCCGCCGUCACCGUUCGCCACAGCCAAGAAGCAGAGCCAUGUCCUGGAGGCCGAGAACCAGAAACUGUUUUCAGAGUUCGUGGAGCACUGCUCAGCUCUCACCCAGGACUGUCCCGAGGUCUUGACCUUCCUUCAGACCAAGUACGCCAAGGCCUCGCCCGACUUCCUGAAGUCUGUGGAGUUCAGGAACACCGUGGGCCGAUGUCUAACCCGUGCUCAGAACAACCGCUCCAAAACCUUUGUCUUCAUCAACGAACUGUGCACCGUGCUGCGGCAGCACUGCAUCAAGAAGAGGCAGAGCCUCACCAGGGUGGAGGCCGACUCGUCCACCUCCACCUCGUGUCCUGCUGCGUCCAACUCUGCUCCUCCUAAAUGUAAAGACAAGACCAAAGGCAGCCUAAAAAAAGCACAGGAAAAUGGUACGGCAGCGACGCAAGAUGAACGGCCGUCCACCUCAGAGCCGCAGGCGGAGGAGAGAGCGGACAGGAAGACGGCCAGGGCGUCCAAGAAACAGAUAGCCUACCUGGAGAACCUGCUGAAGGUCUACCACGAGGAGAUCUGCCGCCUGCAGCAGACGGAGCUGAGUCUGGACGACAUGGAGGCCGAGGACUCGCUCUACAUCCAGGAACACAAACUCAAACGCAAGAUGAUGAAAAUCUACGAGAAGCUGUGUGAGCUGAAGGACUGCAGCACGCUGACGGGCCGAGUCAUCGAGCAGAGGAUCCCCUACACCAGCACUCGUUUCCCCGAGAUUAACAGAAAGAUCGAGCGCUACAUCAACAGUCCGGAGGUUCGGAGGAACCCCCCAGAUUACCAGGACAUCCUGCAGCUGGUGUUAAGAGUCAAUGAGCGGCAAACACUGGGUCUGAGCAAGAAGGAGCUGAGCCGGAUCGCCCUGGACGCCUUCAGAGAGACGGGGAGUCAGCUGCAGGAGAGACGCCACCUGGACCUGGUCUUCAACUUUGGCUCUCAGCUCACCGACCCCUACAGGCCUGCCACAGACCCGGCCCUGUUGGACAACUCGCUGCAGCGAAAGCUGCGAGCUAACAGGGAGGUGGCGCUGUCCCGGCUGGAGGAGGUGAUCUCAAAGUAUGCCGUCAAACAGGAGGACAUGGAGGAGCAGGACAGGAGCAGGAGACAGGAGAAGGAGGACAACAAACCAGAGGAGGGAGAAGAAAAGAAAGCUGUAAAUGGAGUAACAGAGGAGGAGGAGCAGCCGGAGGAGGAGGAGGACGAUGAAGAUGAUGACUCCUCAGAUCCUGAUAUAGAGGAGGAGAUCAGGGCCAGCACUCAGCAGGACGGAGCAGUUGAGGACGAGAAGGACCACAGUACUGAGCAGGGAGGAGACGAAGACAACGCUCCCAGAUGGACGGGUGAAUUGAUGAACACCAAAAAGGAGGAGGAGGAGGAGGAGGAGCAGGUCACAGGUGGUCCUCUGUCCAAUGACAGCAUGUCUCAGGCGUCUCCGUCUGACGUCCCCUCCACUAAAAACAGCUUCAGCCAAUCAGAGGCCGGGCCAGUUGACGAGCGGCGGCCCUUAACGAACGGGAAACCAGAGGAGCCCCUGGGGCGCCCCCGUCACCGCCCAUCCUCUGAGGAGCACCAUGUGGUCACCACGGUCACAGCCAAUGGGACGUCACCACCGAGGACUCUUAAAGAGUCGGGGACAGAGAUGACCAACGGAGUGACGUCAGACCUGCCCAGAGUGACCAGGAGUGUGAAGAGGAAGAGGGGAGAGGUGGAGUCCAGGAGUACCCUCAGAACCAAGCACAUCGUCAUCACCGACAGUGAGACGGACAUUCCUCUGGACAUGGGUGUUUUCUGUACUACUCCUCCUUCUGCGCCUCCUCCUCGGUCUUCUCCUCCACAAGCCCAGACUCCGACACAGGACGAUGUGAUCAGCCUUCAGUCCACACCGCCCCCCAAGAGAAACAAGGUCAACGUGGCGACCCAGUGUGACCCUGAUGAGGUCAUCGUCCUCUCUGACUCGGACUAAACGUCCACUCCUUUUGACCCGUGAACUGUGACUCCAGGAGAUUCUUCCACGUGGGAGCCGUGUUCUGGGAUCAGGUUUCUGCUCCUUAAGGCUCCUCCUCCUCCUCCUCUUCCUCUUCCUCUUCCUCCUCCUCCUCCUCCUCGUCCUCCUCCUCCUGCUCCUCCUGGGAGGGGAACGUCCUCCUCUGGUUGGCUGCCGUGACAGAAAACCCUCAGGUUUGAACACAGGAGCUGCUGGAAUUCUGGGAAAACAGGGAACGUCUGAGUGAAGCACGUCUGAUUCACAACAGAAACCGUGUGUGAAUUAGUGUGAAAAGUUGAACAAAAAACAAACUGAACAUUUAAAGAAACGGAUGAAUCUGUUUUGUUUUUUUUUUUACUUUGGGAUUGACCAAUGUUUCUUCUUCUGCUGCUGCUGUUCAUCAGAGGAUUAACGUAUGGUACAUAAUAGACGGACACUGAAAUGUCACAGCAAGUUAGGUCAGAACCUGGACCUGGACCUGGACCUGGACCUGGACCUGGACCUGGAUCAGGAUCCAGAGUUGAUGUUUAUUACACCACGACGAGGACUUUGACAUUUUUUGUCAGUUUGUUUACAAAUGUUUUUAUAGGAGUGUGUGUGUGUGUGUGUGCGUGUGUGUGUGCAGUGGAUUAAGGUCAGCUGCAAUAACUUAAAAAAAAAACAAAACUUCACAAACUUUUUUUUCCAGGAUUUGUUGAUGACCUCUGACCCUGUGACAAACUGCAGGUCUGACCUCCUGUCAACUGGUCAAUGGUGGACAGUGGACACCUGACCUCUGACCUCUGGAAACAUUACAGUCUGUUCACACUUUUAGAAUUCCAUCUGUGAAAGGCUCCACCUAGUGGUCACACUUUUUCACACAGUUCCCACAGGACUGGUUUGUUAACGUGGUAGAAUGUGGUCAGUUCAGUGUGAGGUCAGUGGUGCAGUGGGUCGGUGAGUGAGGUUUAAUUCCCACCCCUGUAUAAACUCUCAGGUUUAACUGCAGCUUUUGUUCUUCGGACCAGGUGGUGGCUGCAGUGUGGUGUUUGGUUCAGAUCGGUUCCUCUGGUGCCGCUGGAACUGUUGUCACAGACCCUCACUGAUUGUUCCGACAGUUGUUUUCGUCAGUUAUUUGGUCACUAGAUACCACACGUUUUAAGGCCGAUCACGUGUGGAAAAACAGCAAUUGCCUGAAUCAUAAGAACAAACUGACGACAGCUCCAGAAGGAGGCGCUGUUCUGUGAGGGAGGAGCCUCUGAGCUCCAUCAUCUUAGUCAGAAGAACAUUUCAGACCAUGAACAUUAGCACGAGUGUGGAGGUCACCAUCACCUCCACCUCCUCCAUCACCGCAGUCAGUGUCAGUGUCUGACUCAGUGGCUGUAAAACACCGGCCAGCAGGGGGCUGUAGCGGUUUUGGCGCCCCCUAUUGUAAUUGUCUUUUGAGGCGUCUCCUCAUUCUGCAGAUGGCGCCCUUGGCGUCAGUCUCUGCAGCCAGUGUCCAGAGUACCAACGUCUCUCUGGUGCCUCUUCAGGUGAAGACCUGAACUGGUUAUAAGUUGUAAUAAAAUCUCGUUUUUUUUCUCCUCUGAAUCAUGUCUGCACUUGUCCUUUAAGUGUUUCUUUAACUGACACAGUUCUGGAUCCUGAACGCUGAGCGCUUACGAAAAAUCUUUUCGUUUGUUCCAAAACCUCCGUGGCGACUUUGACCGGUUAAGCCUGGAGAGUUUUGGAACAGACCUUGAAUGUGACCUCACUUAACGACCAGGUUGGGCAUGAACUGAAGCGACCUGGAAAAAUAAUCUGCUUUUAAAUCUAUGAGAAUCAGAGUCUAGAAAAUAACGGGAAAAUCAUAAAGAUGAAGUCAGUUCUGGAUUAUCCUUUAGUUUUAUUAAAUAAAAAAACCACCAGACUCUGAAUUGGCCUGAAACAUUUUCCUCAACAUUGUUUUUCAGUCUCAUCUUUAAGUCUUUUAGUUCAGAAAAGUCAAACUUCCUGUUUGACGAUUCACCUUUUGACACGUGACAGAUUUGCACCAAACCAUGGGAGUGUUAUAGCAACUACUGUUUUAUUUCCUGUCCUCCUUUUUUUUUACUCUGCGUCUGUGACUGUGCCCGGGUUCAUGUUUUUCUACAGAAUCUCUGAAUGGUGUUUGUACUACAUUUAAAAUUAUAUUUUUUGUAAGUAAAGUCUUUUUUAAACUGCCA